AGAAUAGCUAAGUGGGGAAUUUUCACUCUGUGCUUACCAGAGCACAUUGUCUAUCCUGUGCUGAGGACAGAGGCCGUGGGGACAGCCUGGAUCUACUGCCCACUUAAGAGAGAGGACAACUCAGACACAGCUGUGUAUGCUCCCAGCAGCAACAGAGGUUCAGGUCCCUCUGCAAGGACAGAAAGACAUGGUCUGGAAAUUGAAGCCACUUCUGCUUCUGGCCUGGGUAGCCACCAUGUGCAGUGCCCAGGACAGGACUGAUCUCCUCAAUGUCUGUAUGGAUGCCAAGCACCACAAGACAAAGCCAGGUCCUGAGGACAAGCUGCAUGACCAAUGCAGUCCCUGGAGGAAGAAUGCCUGCUGCACAGCCAACACUAGCCAGGAGCUGCACAAGGACACCUCCCGCCUGUACAACUUUAACUGGGAGCACUGUGGCAGGAUGAAGCCCGCAUGCAAGCGCCACUUCAUCCAGGACACCUGUCUCUAUGAGUGCUCACCCAACCUGGGGCCCUGGAUCCGGCAGGUGAAUCAGAGCUGGCGCAAAGAACGCUUCCUGGAUGUGCCCUUAUGCAAAGAGGACUGUCAGCGCUGGUGGGAGGAUUGUCACACCUCCCACACCUGCAAGAGCAAUUGGCACAGAGGAUGGGACUGGACCUCAGGAAUUAACAAGUGCCCAGCCGGGGCCCUCUGUCGCACCUUUGAGUCCUACUUCCCCACUCCAGCUGCCCUUUGUGAGGGCCUCUGGAGUCACUCGUACAAGGUCAGCAACUACAGCCGAGGGAGCGGCCGCUGCAUUCAGAUGUGGUUUGACUCCACCCAGGGCAACCCCAAUGAGGAGGUGGCGAGGUUCUAUGCUGCAGCCAUGAAUGUGAACGCUGGCGCCCUGCUUCAUGGGAUUGGGGGUCUCCUGCUCAGCCUGGCCCUGAUGCUGCAACUCUGGCUCCUUGGCUGAGUCCAGUCCUCCCAGACUACCUGCCCUCAGCUUGGAUAACCAGGCUGGGUACCAGCUCCCACAAAUGGCAGCAUCCUAAGCAUGCUUCCAUUCGUCACCCAACACUCUGUUACCUGCUCAGUUCCUGCUCCAUGGUGGGGCUUGGGGCUCUAGACUAACAUAUCCACGUCUGAGGAAUUAUUUUGGUUGUGAGUUUGUGGGUGGGUGGGAGACAGAUUCUAUAGCUUCUGGAUUCCUUCAGAUCAGAGCAACUAAACCUGUAUUUUAACCCCAGCUCUGCUACUUGCUUUGUGAAAGUGAAACAGUUGCUUCACUGCUCUAAACCUUUGUUUCCUCCUGAAUAUAAAAAAGGAUAAUAGUCUUGCCCUCA